AAAACACGGCUAUCUUCAUGUGUAAAUGUUGUAACCUCUUCUCACCAAGUCAAUCUGAACUCCUCUCCCAUGUCUCUGAGAAGCAUGCAGAAGAAGGGGUCAAUGUCGAUGAGAUCAUCAUUCCUCUUAAGCCUCUGAGUACUCCUGAACCCAGCAACCCAAGCAAAAUAGGAGAUGAGUUUUUGGUCAUGAAGAGGAAGAGAGGCAGGCCUAAGGGGUCCACGAAGAAGCCCAGCGCUGAAGAGGAGCUGGCAGAGAACCUCGUUAGCCUGAGUGCGGACAGUCCGCUGGCCCCGGAGGCGGAGAGCAGCCUGGUCCCCAGCAGCCUGGAGUGCCCCAAGUGCUGCCGGAAGUUCUCCAACGCGCGCCAGCUGCGGAAGCACAUCUGCAUCAUUGUGCUGAAUCUGGGCGAGGAGGAGGGGGAAACAGGUAAUGAAUCUGACCUUGACCUGGAAAAGAAGUAUAAGGAAGAUGACCGAGAAAAGGCCCCGAAGAGACCGCGGACGCAGAGAACAGAGAAGGUGCAGAAGAUCUCGGGAAAGGAGGCUGGGCUGAUUCCUGGAGUGAAGAAACCCAUCAUAAGUGUGGUUUUAACUGCACAUGAAGCUAUUCCAGGUGCUACCAAGAUUGUUCCAGUGGAGGCCGGGCCCCCCGAGACAGGAGCUGCCAACCCAGAGGCCUCCACGACUGACCUGGCACCUCGGAGAGGGUACCAGGAGUAUGCCAUUCAGCAGACACCAUAUGAACAACCCAUGAAGUCAAGCAGGCUAGGGCCCACCCAGCUCAAGAUCUUCACUUGUGAGUACUGCAACAAGGUCUUCAAAUUCAAGCACUCGCUGCAGGCACAUCUGAGGAUCCACACCAACGAGAAGCCGUACAAGUGCUCUCAGUGCAGUUACGCCAGCGCCAUCAAGGCCAACCUCAAUGUGCACCUGCGUAAGCACACUGGCGAGAAGUUUGCCUGCGACUACUGCUCUUUCACCUGCCUGAGCAAAGGCCACCUCAAGGUGCACGUGGAGCGGGUGCACAAGAAAAUCAAGCAGCACUGCCGUUUCUGCAAGAAGAAGUACUCGGAUGUCAAGAACCUCAUCAAGCACAUCCGAGACGCACACGACCCGCAGGACAAGAAGGUCAAGGAGGCCUUGGAUGCGCUCUGCCUGUUGACGCGGGAGGGCAAGCGGCAGCUGCUGUACGACUGUCACAUCUGCGAGCGGAAGUUCAAGAACGAGCUGGACCGUGACCGCCACAUGCUGGUCCAUGGCGACAAGUGGCCCUUCGCCUGCGAGCUUUGCGGUCACGGGGCCACCAAGUACCAGGCGCUGGAGCUGCAUGUCAGGAAGCAUCCCUUUGUGUACGUCUGUGCCAUAUGCUUUAAGAAGUUCGUCAGUUCCAUCCGGCUGCGCUCCCACAUCAAGGAGGUACACGGGGCUGCCCAGGAGACCCUGGUCUUCACCAGCUCCAUCAACCAGAGCUUCUGCCUCCUGGAGCCCGGCGGGGACAUCCAGCAAGAGGCCUUGGGGGGCCAGCUGCAGCUGGCAGAAGAGGAGCUUGUGUUCCAGGGAGUGAAUGCCCCCAAGGAGGAGGUGUGCCCCGGAGACGCUCAGCCUGAGGCGCAGAGGGAGCUGGAGGCCCGCGGGGAAGGGCUGGCCCUGCCCGCACUCUCAGCCACCCGCAAGACCCAAAGUGCCACCCUGCCACCCUGCGAGCUGGAAGCUGCUGUGGUCUCCUCCGAUCUUCAUCCUCAGGAGGGCAUGGCGGAUGAGUUUUUGAUGAAAAAGGAUAUCUCGUCUGCUGAGGUUCCUGCUGCUCCUGAGAAGACUGGGGACACCCAGCACAGUGGCACCACCCAGACUCAGGGUGGUGAAGACCAGCCGCUGCUGUCCAAGGCCGGAAGAACUGAAGCAAACCUGGGGACCCAGGGAGCCAAGGGCCUCUUGGGAGAGGGGCCAAGAGUGGCCGCCCCGACGUCCGACGGACCAGAUUCCAGCAGGUGUCUUGGGGCCCACCCAGCUAAGGCCUCCAGCCUUCCUCCAGUGGCUGGUGACAGGGACACAGCCCUGUACCAGCCUGACUCUUGUAGCGUUGGCUCUGGUAACACCCCAGACAAAAGGAGUUAUUCUUGUCCUGUCUGUGAAAAGUCUUUUUCAGAAGAUCGGUUGAUAAAGUCACAUAUCAAGACCAAUCAUCCUGAGGUCUCCAUGAGCACCAUUUCUGAGGUUCUUGGGAGGAGGGUUCAGCUGAAAGGGCUGAUUGGAAAGAGAGCCAUGAAGUGCCCGUAUUGUGAUUUCUAUUUCAUGAAGAAUGGCUCAGACCUUCAGCGCCAUAUUUGGGCUCAUGAAGGUAUAAAACCAUUCAAAUGUUCUCUGUGUGAGUAUGCAACUCGCAGCAAGAGUAACCUCAAGGCUCACAUGAAUCGUCAUAGCACUGAGAAAACCCACCUAUGUGACAUGUGUGGCAAGAAAUUUAAAUCAAAAGGGACAUUGAAAAGUCACAAGCUCCUUCACACUGCUGAUGGGAAGCAGUUCAAGUGCACAGUGUGUGACUACACGGCGGCCCAGAAGCCACAGCUGCUGCGGCACAUGGAGCAGCACGCCUCUUUCAAGCCUUUCCGCUGUGCCCACUGCCAUUAUUCGUGCAACAUAUCGGGCUCUCUGAAGCGGCACUACAACAGGAAGCACCCCAGCGAGGAGUACGCCAACGUGGGCACCGGUGAGCUGGCGGCCGAGGCGCUCAUCCAGCAAGGUGGUUUGAAGUGUCCUGUUUGCAGCUUUGUGUAUGGCACCAAAUGGGAGUUCAACAGGCACCUGAAGAACAAGCAUGGCCUGAAGUUGGUAGAAAAUGAAGGAGACCCCAAGUGGGAGCCAGCAACAGAAACUCCUGAGGAGCCUUCCACCCAGUAUCUGCACAUCACAGAAGCCGAAGAGGAUGUCCAGGGGACUCAGGCAGCGGUGGCUGCACUCCAGGACCUGAGAUACACCUCUGAGAGUGGUGACCGGCUUGACCCCACAGCUGUGAACAUCCUGCAGCAGAUCAUCGGGCUGGGUGCUGAGAGCCAUGACGCAGCUGCUGUCGCCUCGGUGGUGGCCGUGGCCCCGGGGACGGUGACCGUCGUGAAACAGGUAACCGAUGAGGAGCCCACCUCCAAUCACACGGUCAUGAUCCAGGAGACCCUCCAGCAGGCGUCUGUGGAGCUGGCCGAGCAGCACCACCUGGUGGUGUCCUCUGACGAUGUGGAGGGCAUCGAGACAGUGACUGUCUACACGCAGGGCGGGGAGGCCUCGGAGUUCAUCGUCUACGUGCAGGAGGCCGUGCAGCCCGUGGAGGAGCUGGCCAUGGGGCAGCUGGCCCAGGAGCUCUAGAGGAGAUGCAGCAUCCACAGAAUGCCAUGGGGCAGGGCCAGGCUCCACAGGGCACUCGGGCAAGGGAGGCCAUGGAAUGGAGCUCUCCUCUGCACUUCCUGCCCAGGCGGCCAGAUGGGGCUCUCCUCAUCUACUUGGGGUGGACAAGGCAACUGGUCCAAUCACCAGCAAUAUAGGCCUUACAGCCCCAGCACAGAUACACCCCCUUCCCCCAUAUCAUCUGCUUCAGGAAAGACUUCUGCAUCAGCUCCCCAAACAUGGCAUUGUACUCCUUGCUUCAGGACUCAGAGACCCCGGUCUCCACCAGCACCUUCCCUGAAUCACAUCCCCAACUAUCACAAGCCCAUCUGGGACUGCUGUGCAGCCUGCUGGAAGGGAGACAGCAUCACAGAGAAAGUGACCAUAUGGCUUUGAAACACCUCCUGGUGGGAAGGGGGAUGGGGUCCUGGCUUUGUCUACGAAGUUCUACCUUCCUCAAGUAUCGAGGACACCAGUUGUCUCACGAAUUAACCAGGUGUGAUGACUUCCCAGUCCCAUCUUAGGUGGGCUCUCAGCCUUCUGUCUUGGAAUUCUUUUGCUUUUUAAAAUGCACUUUUACUAUUCACCUCCUGUUCUAAGGUGAGGGGGAUAGAAUAAAGACAUUGUCUGCCUGA